CAGUCUCCGGACAAGUUGGGAUCCAAGCGGACACUUGUCUGUGUGUCUGCGGGACAGAGGCAGUACAAUCCUCGGCAGUGUUCUGAGACUGUACGCCCCCCCCCCCAAACCCCCUCGACCACCGGAGCACCGGCAAGCAGCGGCAGCAGCAGCCCGGUCCUGCAGCCUCCUCAGCCGGCCUGACUCUGUGGAUUUACCCGCUGCAGCUUCGGUUCUUCAUCUAAAAACUGUCUCUGAGUUUCAUUACUGGGACUCUGAAGUUGGACUAAACCAUCGCGGGGAUUAAACCAUUGAUUUGUGCAGAGGAGGAAACAUGACUGGAGAUAGAGAGAAGAAGAGGGGCAGCUCGGAGCGUCGUAAGGAGAAGUCUCGGGACGCGGCUCGAUGCCGACGCAGCAAGGAGACGGAGGUUUUCUACGAGCUGGCUCACGAGCUGCCGCUCCCCCACAACGUCAGCUCCCACCUGGACAAGGCCUCCAUCAUGAGGCUGGCCAUCAGCUUCCUGCGCACACGCAAGCUGCUCGCCACAGGCAGCAGCAGCAGCAGCAGGGACGGGGACGGGGACGGACAGAUGGACAGUCAGUACCUGAAGUCUCUGGAGGGCUUCGUCACCGUGGUCACAUCAGACGGGGACAUGAUAUUUCUGUCCGAGAACGUCAACAAGUUCAUGGGGCUCUCGCAGGUGGAGGUCACUGGUCAGAGCAUCUUUGACUUCACACACCCAUGUGACCACGAGGAGAUCAGAGAAAACCUCAGUCUGAAGACAGCUGGAAGUGGCUUCGGUAAAAAAGGCCGAGAGCUGAGCACCGAGCGAGACUUCUUCAUGAGGAUGAAGUGCACGGUGACCAACAGGGGGCGCACUGUCAACCUGAAGUCAGCCAGCUGGAAGGUGCUGCACUGCACCGGCCACCUGAGGAUGUACAGCAGCUGCCCCCCCCGGGUGCUGUGCGGCUUCAAGGAGCCUCCGCUCACCUGCGCCGUCCUGAUGUGCGAACCCAUCCUGCACCCGUCCAACAUCGACACGCCGCUGGACAGCAGGACCUUCCUGAGCCGACACAGCAUGGACAUGAAGUUCACCUACUGUGACGAGAGGGUAACACAACUGAUGGGUUACACACCCGAGGAUCUGCUGGGUCGCUCGGUCUACGACUUUUACCACGCCCUGGACUCAGAUAGUGUCACCAAGAGCCACCACAACCUGUGCACCAAGGGGCAGGCGGUGAGCGGCCAGUAUCGAAUGCUGGCGAAGAGCGGAGGCUACAUCUGGGUAGAGACUCAGGGAACUGUCAUCUACAACAGUCGUAACUCGCAGCCUCAGUGCAUCGUCUGCAUCAACUACGUCCUCAGUGACAUCGAGGAUAAGUCCAUGGUUUUCUCCCUGGAGCAGACGGAGUCGCUGUUCAAGCCGCAGCACAUGAGCAGCUUCUUCACCGCAGGAGGCGCAGGUGUGACCGGAGAGCCCGGAGACAACCUCUUCUCCAAACUCAAAGAGGAGCCGGAGGACCUGGCUCAGCUGGCUCCGACACCCGGGGACACCAUCGUCUCCCUGGACUUCGGUCGACCUCAGUUCGAGGUGUCCACUGCAGCCAUGCUCCCUCCAGGACCUCCAUCCUGGGGUAGCGAGAGCCACAAGGCAUCAGGCCAGACCCUGCCUCCGGCUCCUGGAGACCUGGCGACCAUGGCUGCAACUUUCACCGUGCAGCGGAACCCGCCGCCGGGCAGCGCCACCCCGAGCCUCAGCAGCUGCUCCACCACGCCGAGCAGCCCAGGUGAUUACUACAGCUCGGUGGAGAGCGACCUGAAGGUGGAGCUGACGGAGAAGCUGUUCGCUCUGGAGACAGAGAGCAGCAGCAAGCCUGCAAACACAGAGGGGGAUUUGACGGACAUGGACCUGGAGACUCUGGCUCCUUACAUCCCGAUGGACGGAGAGGACUUCCAGCUGCACCCCAUCCUCCCAGAGUCUGAGUCCCGGGAGGGGAGUCCUGCCAGGUGCAUGGGCAGCAGCAAUCCACAGACACGGAAGUCGUCCCACCAGAGCUUCAGCAACAUCACCAGUCUCUUCCAGCCCCUGUCCUCGCCCCCGCACACCCAAGGCCACUAUCAGGCCCGGCCAGCUGCGUCCUGGGCUACGGGGGAGAAGAGGGGCUCCGGCCAGGGGACAUUGAACCCCCACGCGGUGCCAUACAUGAUGGGCCACAUGCAGAGCCCCCCGUACCAGGCCCCUGCAAGCACCCCUCUGUCCUCCAUGGGUGGCAGGCAGAACCUGCAGUGGCCACCAGACCCUCUGUUAACCUACCAACAACAGCCACAGGCCGCAAAGGCCUACCUGCUGGACAGUGUGUCAGGAGAGACGCUCCCGUCCUGCCAACAGGACAUGAGCCAUCACAUGCAGAAACAGAGGUCCAUUGAACAUUUUGGACAAGCCUACAGAGACAUGAGUCCAGCCAGAGUGGCCAUGAACAACAGCAUCAAGCGCUCCUUCACCCAGAUGACCGUGGGCGACCAUAAGGCGUCAGAACACAUGUGGAAGAAGAUGAGGGGUGAGAGCUGUGUCUCCAUGGAUCGUUCCCUCAGCGCAGGAUCACUGGCAGAGUCGAGGAUGUUGCCCGACAGCAUGUCGUCAAGUCUCAGCUCCCUGCAGCAGCACAGGAAGUCCCAGAACCCAGGAAACGGGAUGGGAGGCACAAACGAGAACGUCUUCACACGCAAGAGCUGCAACUACAGCGAUUAUAACCUGCUGCCUUCACACAAGGCCGAGGGUAUAGCCAGUCGUCUGCUGGGCCCCUCGUUCGAGCCCUCCUGUCUCCCCCAGCUGACCCGUUACGACUGCGAGGUCAACGUGCCGCUGCAGGGGAACCUGCACCUCCUCCAGGGCUGUGACCUGCUGAGAGCCCUGGACCAGGCCACCUAGAGCCCCAGAUCCAAACCCCACCGUAGACCCAGACUUAACCCCAGCCCUGACCCUCAGCCUGCAGCCUGAGACUUACACUUUACACCUCCGGGCCCCUGAAAGCCCCGAGGCUAAGCUACCUUUAGGGAAUGUGCUCAUAACCACGUCCUGCAUUAUUUAGCUCCUUUCACCGACUCUCUGUCCACUCUGUCGAUCUGUAAACAGAAUCCACACGUGUCAGACGAUGUGGGGGAAAAAGGUCAAUGUGGGUCAAUUUUCUAAAACGAUGCCUGACCUGCGUCGUGUGUUCAGACGGCUCGAUGCUGUGAUUCCUCAAAGGUCACAGGUCGACUCUGCUCACAGGCGCAGGAUAAACUUGGGUCUUUUGGUGUAAACAGGGUAUUAGAGGUGUGAGAUUCACACACACACACACACACACACUAUCUGCCUUAAAGGCUGAACGUCUGCAGCCACACACACACAAACACACACAUUCACACAUGCACACAUGCCACGACCAGCCAUGUAGGCACGGGAUUCAAACCUACGACCUGUGUCUUACCCGUCUCGUCCGCAGAGCGACCCCCUGACAUGAACUCUAUGCAGCUCAGCCUUACGUCUCGUUCUCAUUCAGCUCUGAGAGGAUUCUUUGUGUUAUCAAACCACCGACACUCUGAGAUUAUCUGACCAGCGAUUAGACCCAGACCACUUGUUCGGCUCGGACUCGAGGCUCCGACUGUUGUAGCCAUUUUAAAAUCAAUAAGAACUGAGGAUUCUUUACUGAUUAUUGAUUCUGCUCCUUGAUUUCAAAAGACGACAUCUUCAUCCCUGCAGGGCAGCAAUCGCCAGAAUUCAAUCUGUUGUAAUAGCAGUGGAUUUUAUUCAUUAAAUUCUUGACUCACAAUUACUUAAACUUGUUGUUGAACUUAAAUAGUUGUCACAGAUUUAUCUUGAUAUUCAGCCUGAAGGAAAAAUCUACUCAGAAGAGGCGACAUAUAUCGAAUCCAAGAGUUGACACGUAGCUGAGGUCUCCUCAAAGUGCCUUAUGUAAGUUAUGAUUUGGUGAUUUACAAACAAGAUUGAAUAAAUUGUCAGAAAGUUCCAUAAUAUGACGUCAAGUUUAAAAUCGUUCUGAAAGAGGCUUUAGCUAAAUGUUUAUGGCAGUUAGACGUCAGAAUAGAUACAACUUUUAAAUGACACAAAACUUUUAUCAUCUUGGGGAUAACACGUAACGUUUUCCAGAAUAAAAUGUGUUUUAAAGUUUUUUGAUAGUUAGAUAUAGCUUCUCUCUUGAAAGAAUCUGGAAUCAAUAAGCAGAAUCCAAGAUGAUGCCUCUCUCUGCUCAGGCCUUUCUCACCAUCACAGCACACAAUUCAUCUGUUGAACACACAAUGCAUUGCAAUGCAAUGUGUUUUAGUUAUUACAGUUUGUCUGUUAUUGAACUUUUAUCAAAUCGGCCCACGUUAUUUCACCCAAAUCGGCACUCUACCGUAUCAAUACUGCUUUUUUUAUUUUCUUGCUCUACCUACCAGAUUAUUUUAUUUUUUGUGUCUAUCUCAAAGACACACUAAUAAACAUAUAUUGCAAUACAAGUACUCUACUGUAAGUUUAAUAUUGAUAAGUUGUUGUUUUUUCUUCUUACCUCUCAGUUGGGUAAGUAGCUCGUGUGACUACAGGGUUUUUUUCUCAUCGUGCAAUUAUUAUUAUUUCAAAAUGUGAUAAAGUUGAUAUAGUCAGCAGCAAAGCUAUUGCCUUAUUCAUUUAACUCAUAGCAUGUACAAAAGCAGCCUGGUAGACACGCACAGGAUUAUGUAUGUUGCAGAAUUACACACACACACACACAAUCACCCACAUGUGUCACGCUAAACAGGAAACAUAAGAAACAGCAGGUGUGUGCACAGGAAGUGGGACCUCUCCUGUUUAAAUGUGUCGGGCUCUUUAACGAUUCUAUAGACUUACACGUUAUUAUUUAUUUUCAUAUUCUGCAGAUUCAGGCAGCGACAGUGAGCGUCAGUGGAGAUGAGUAAAAUUAGGAUGGAACAACGUAAAGAAAGAUUUCAAGUUGUCUUAAAAACGAAGACAUAAAAGUAGUAAGUUAGUGAAGCAGCUUCACAUUUCACAUUUUACACUUAAAAAAUCAUAUUUUCAUGUCUCUUUUCUUGAGAAUAUAACUCAGAGCGUUUUCCUUCUUUUUCACAGAACUCAGCAGAAAACACAUGUUUACCUAGUGCGUAUGAAUAGUUGAUUUGUAGUAAAUAAUCUAAAAUGUGCACCUUAAAUCCAGCUGCGGGUUAUUUAUUUGGAGCCACUCGAGCCAAUCAGAAGAGAAUUAGAGGAGUCAGGAGGACGACUGGGUCAAUCAAAGACUAAAACAAUGGUUUACCGUUAACGCCACUUCGGUUUGUAGAUGAAAAAGCACAGGAGAGGUCACCGCUGAGGUCACCGCUGAGGUCACCGCCGAGUUCACCGCUGCACUAACCGUGUCAGUAGACUCACAAACAUAUUCGACCGUUCAUCGGGUGUGAACUUGUCAGAAUCAGCCGUCUGUGAAGUGGAACGUUUGUAUUUUUCUUAGACGAUGACAAGAAUCAUGACACAUGAUAUUUUCCAGGCGAUGUUUUUACAUGUUGAUGAGUAACAUCUGCAGCUGUUCUCUCUCUCUCUCUCUCUCUCUCUCUCUCUCUCGCCCGUCUUUUGAGGUAUCUGCUGUCGUGUGGUGACCACUUCUAUGAACUCUAGAGCUUUGUGCACAUACAUGUUACGUAUUUGAAGCUAAUGUUGAAGAGUGUUUUUGUGUCCUGGUACUUCGUCCCGGAGCUGAUCCCUCGUCGUGCUCUUUCCUCUCGUGCCGUCUCCGUGUUGUGUUUUUAUUUUUUAUUCUUCCCUUCAGAGUUUUAUCCCUAAAUUUGUAUCCGAUCUGUUUGCUGGCCAGUAACGUUUUUUUUGUUCUUGCUUUGAAUGCUCCGUUUAAAAGAUAAAUAUCAGUUUUUUUAAGUUUCAUUAUCCAGAUAUGUAGCAUUUUGAAUUUUGUUAUGACGAUAAGUUGCCACAUGAUUAAUCACAUAGUUUUCCAGUUGCUUGCUCGACCACGUAUGAGUCAUGUGUUGAAUUGUACUUCAAUCCAGUGGAUCCACUAACGCUGUUUUCUGCUUUACGUCGCUGAAAUGUUGAUUUUAAUAACUUUAUAAUGUGCCUUAAAAUGAGGAGUUCACCCUUCAGCACCACAGCUUGUGUCCAGCUACCUUUAGACAACAUCCUUCAUAUAUGAGGGGAGUAUUAUUGAAGAUUAUCCAAAUUUAAUAUUGCAUUUUAUCUGAAAAUAACAUGUUCAAGUGUAAUUUUAUGGAUAAAUUGCAUAAAAUUUGAAUUUGAAUUAGCUCAUUAAACUCUAAUCUACACUUUAAUUGAAUCUCCUGAAGUUUGUUUGACUGUUUUUCAACCCAUUUGUCAGGAUAAUCGUCCCAAUUAUAAUCCACAAUUAGAGAUUCAGAGCUGCAGUUGGUUAAUCUUCAUAAUAAACCCUCAGGCUUCAUCCUCCGUAGCCUCUUCACAGUGACAGUAGAACCCUCAUAGAUUUGAGUAGAACCCAUCAUAGAUCCCCUGGUGAUAACGAGUCAAAUUUUACUAAAGGUUUUCAAAGGAAAUGGAUUCAUUCAGCUCGUCACACGACCGAACAGUCAGUGUGUUGAUGAAGCUGCUCGCGGGGUUUUAGGUUUAAUGGAAUAAAAGGAGAUUAUUUGUCAGAGGAGGCUGCAGAGUUCGAUCCAAGCUCAUUUUAAGAAUCCGCAAAAAAUCGUUUAACUGAAUUGAACUCCAGAUGAUGCAGAUCAUUAUCCAAGAGAAUUUAAAAUGUCGUGUCUAUAAUGAAAUGAGUUAAAACUCAGAUUAUAUGUAUAUACAUAUAUUUAUAUAUAUAUAUAUAUAUAUUAUGGUGAGAAGGAUGAGAGCAGAGAAACAGUUUGAAGAGUUUGACUUUGAAGACAAACUGAAAAGAUGAGCGACCUGAAGAGAUGAAUCCUGCUCAGUCUGCAAACUGACGCACAUCACUUCACGCCUCUGUUUCUCCUCUCGCUCCAUCUCACUUUCACUUUCACUAAAUCUAUUUGUUUUCUCUCAUGUGCAAUAACUUUAGACAAGGAGCCAUUUUUUAUAUAUUAGUUGUCCAUAUUUAACAAAUAAAAAGCCUGUAAAAGAAGCUUGGUUUUUAAAGACUUCAAAAUGUUCUCAAUUGGUCAAAUCAUCUUUUAUUUUAACUAUCUUUACAUUGCAAUAUAUAUAAAUAUUUUUGUUCAAGUGCUAAAUGCAGUUUCUGGAGACAGAAGAGGUUUUAGGAAAACGUUAAAAGUCUUUAAACACACGUAGAAGAAGUGCGUAGCACUGCAACACGGAUGUUUUUAGCUAAUUGUGUUCAUGUAUGUGGAAAAGGAAGGAGAGAGGGAAGUCGAAUUUCAAAAUAAAACUGUAGGCAGAGGCGAAGCCCCGCCCACUUUUAAAGAUUUAAAAAACAAUAGCAGUUCUCAACAACAGUUGUCAAAAUCUGUGAGAACUAAACAUCAAGCGAAACAGAUAUAGUGGGUGGGGCUGCAGUGCUCUACUUAAACUCUAGAGGGCGUGUCACCAGUCCUAGUGCUCAUCACGCUGUGCUGCUCGAAGGGUGGUCCUCCAAAAACAAGAGUGACAAUAAAAGGUUCCAGGAUUUACUUCAGUUGUUCAUUGCUUGUCUUCUUUAAACACAAAUAUCUGCGUCUUGUCUUGUUUAGUUUUUCCUGAUGGGAUCCGAGUUCUGCUACAACAGUUCUAUUAGCUGAUUCUUCCUUUUUUUAAUAUGCAUAAAUUUCAUAUUGUACUUAUUAUUAUCAUAUAUUGUUAUCAUUGUUAUUACUAUAUGGGGAAUUUAACCUGAUAAGAAGUUUGUGUUUCUGCACUGAUCUUAUUAUUAAAGCAUAACUGAUCUUACCCUCCCUCA